AUGAUUAACGGAGCAAUAGAGAGUAUUUCGAUAGACAUUUCAAAAAAACCAAAAGAGGUCUGUGUGGAACGGCGCACUUGCCCGCAAUAUCCGCAGGUUGUCAAGGUAAUUCCAGAGUCCAGUUGGUACAAAAAGUACGCCAUUAUCUUUCCGGAAAAUACACUUGGACUAGAUGGAAAAGUUACAGAGUAUAGGACAAUCACACAUAGGGGAAUAAAGCAGAUGGGACUCCCGGAAGACCUCAGAGGUUACAAGGAACUCAACGUCUACUACCGGUGCUACGACAAGCUCAACCAAAUGCCAAUCGCACUGGAAUUUAUAAGGAGAGAUGAAGACCCAGGAGGACUUUAUGUGGAAACAGAAGAGGCAUUGUUUGGCGUUGAAGGAGCCUCAGCAGGUCUUGCGACUUCCGGGAACGUCCCAACUAUAUGCAUGCAGACGAAUGGCACCUCUUCAACGCCCUUUCAAAACGGGCAAACAGUAAAUAGACGGGAAACUCUCUAUGUCAAUUGUGGCUUUGGGAGUAACACCUGGGAGGAACAGCCAAAGAGACCAAGACUCUUGAAAAUGUACGACCUACUUAUUGGAAAUUUGGUGACGUUCCGCAACGUUGUUGCGGUCGAUCUCGACGUAAAUGGCGGGAAUUACUCGCACUUUUCCAUUGAGGGAGGCCCAGACUUUAUGCUCCAGACCCCAACCGUCUUUGUCAAACUCUGCCUUACGAUGCUCAAGGGCUACAUCAAAUGCAGUCACUCGUUCAUUGAGCCAUUCAGAAUACUCUGUACGAUUCUAAACAACUCCUUUGUCCACUUCAAAGAGUCCCUGAUGGACGAUUUGUACAGACAGGUUAAUGUGUACUAUGAAAGUGCUCCCGUUUCCGAGCCUAGGAUUGACGUUUUGGAGUUUGUUUCUCUGGAAGGAAAUAGGAGGUACUAUAGACUGGACGGAGGCGAAUGGGUACCGUGCGAAUUCACCAGGAAGUGGAUCAACUGGGGGAUCGACCAGACCACCGGGGAAGACCUGCAGAAUGAGGAUCAGUGCCAAGAUGUCACCGAGACCGAGAGGAAGAAGCAAAGGAUUGCAUAA